AUGACCCCCAGAUCUGCCUCGCAGCGCUUCUACUCCGACUCGUCCUCGUCUCCCAAGUUCUCCUACCACAUUGCCGCGUCCUUCAUCGCCAAAGACCGCCCCUACGACCCGUCAACCCACGUCUUCCACUUCAACCCCUACAACCGGAUCCAGCCGCCCCGCCAUCGCCGGAAGUCAUCGCGCCCCGAAUCCGGCCACGAUGCCUUCUUCGUAAGCCGCGUCAACGAGUCCGGCUCCGUGGCCUUUGGCGUCGCGGACGGCGUCGGCGGCUGGGUGGACUCGGGCGUCGACCCGGCCGACUUCUCGCACGGCUUCUGCGACUACAUGGCCGCCGCGGCGUACGAAUAUCCCGCGACGAGCGAUGCGCCUCUGACGGCGCGCAAGCUCAUGCAGAAGGGCUACGACGCCAUCUGCAGGGACCCCAACGUGGCCGCCGGAGGGAGCACGGCCUGCGUCGCCAUUGCGCGACCCGAGGGCGUCCUGGACGUGGCCAACCUGGGCGACUCUGGUUUCUUGCAGCUGCGCCUCAACGCGGUGCACGCGUACUCGGAGCCGCAGACGCAUGCCUUCAACACGCCCUUCCAGCUGUCCGUCGUGCCGCCCAGCGUGGCCGCUCGCAUGGCGGCCUUUGGUGGAACGCAGCUCAGCGACCUGCCGCGCGAUGCCGACGUGGCGCAUCACCACCUGCGCCACGGAGACGUGCUCGUCUUUGCCACCGAUGGCGUGCUGGACAAUCUCUUCAACCAGGAUAUCCUGCGGAUCGCCAGCCGGGUCAUGGUCAAGAGCGGUGCCUGGAGCAUGGCAGCCAACGAGGCGGUCACCGUGGCCGAGUCCCUGGACAGCCUGACGGCUGCUCCCGAAGGCGUCGACGGGCAGUUGAAAAAGGCCGUGACGCUGCAGAGCCUGCUGGCGACGGAGAUUGUGCUGGCUGCGAAGCAGGCCAGCGUCAACACCAAGAGAGACGGGCCGUUUGCCAAGGAGGUGAAAAAGUACUAUCCCCAAGAAAACUGGCACGGCGGAAAAGUCGACGACAUUUGCGUCGUCAUUGCCGUCGUCUCGGAAGAUGCGCCCAGCAGCAUCAAGAGCAAGCUGUAG